CGCGGCCUCGCUGCCCCCGCGGGUCGCCUGGGAUCCGCUGGGCAGUCGCUUCCUGCCGCUCCUCUUCUGGAGUGAGCGGGAGCAGCCAGUGUCAGAUCCCAGAGGGCUAGGGAGUGUCGCGCGCAUGGCCUCGGCCGGCGCGCGGCGGUUCUCGACUGGGACGGGCGCGGCUGCCCAGCGCUGCGGAGUCCUCUCGCUCCGCCCGGGCGCGCGCCCGGCUCCGCCUCUAGGCCCUUUGCGACAGCCGCGACCAAUGAGGUUUCUGAUCUCCUGCAGCCUCUUCUUGCCUAGGGCUGCCCAGGUCUUUGUGGCUGAAGCUGGCUUACCUCUCAGCCGUUCUUUCAUGGGCUUUGCUGCCCCCUUCACCAACAAGCGAAAGGCUUACUCGGAGCGCAGGAUCAUGGGGUAUUCAAUGCAGGAGAUGUAUGAGGUGGUGUCCAAUGUCCAGGAAUAUCGCGAGUUUGUGCCCUGGUGUAAGAAGUCUCUGGUGGUAUCCAGCCGUAAAGGUCACCUGAAGGCCCAGUUGGAGGUUGGCUUUCCACCUGUCAUUGAACGUUAUACCUCUGCAGUUUCCAUGGUCAAACCUCACAUGGUCAAGGCUGUUUGUACUGAUGGCAAGCUCUUCAACCACUUAGAGACCAUUUGGCGAUUCAGUCCUGGUAUUCCUGCCUACCCCCGAACCUGUACUGUGGACUUUUCGAUUUCCUUUGAAUUUCGUUCUCUGCUGCACUCCCAGCUGGCCACCAUGUUUUUUGAUGAGGUUGUCAAACAGAAUGUUGCUGCCUUUGAGCGUCGGGCAGCCACCAAGUUUGGUCCAGAAACAGCCAUACCCCGUGAACUGAUGUUCCAUGAAGUGCACCAGACUUGAGGCAAAGGAUUUUUCCUUAGCCUUUCUUCUCUCCCCUUCCUCACCCAAUCCUCUUCCUUGGCUUGGCUCCUGUUCCUAUGAGAGGAGACUGUGUUCAUAAAUACUGUUCCUCCCCUCAAUUCCCCAGAAAUUGGGUUCUAUGCAGGGGGAAGGAAAAAGUGGGGGUGGGAAAAUGUGACAUGCCCAGGAAAGGGUCAUGCCCAUGCUGAGAGCUCGAUAUGACUUCAGCCUUUUCAGUGAAUUAGAAUCAGGACUGUGUGGUUGUCUCUGGUCCCUGUCAGGGCACCUUAGUUUCUGAUUACAGUAAGAUAGUAACUUCUCUAAGAACUAAAUCAAUUGA